AUGUUAUUAUCAAAUGAAGUUGUUAGGUGGGAAUGGCAGCCAUUCAAUAAUAAUAUUGUUCAUAAUGGGUAAACUCUGAGAAUAGAAGCUUCCAAAGUUAUUAAAUACUAAAAUACUAACCAGAGCUAUUAACUUGAUUUAAAGUUAUGGAAACCCUUUCCAUUUAAUUCAAAUAUUGGGUGGAAUUGGCACAAAUCUUGGAAUAUCCCAGAACUAGAGUGCUAAUUAAAAGUAAUAUCACCACAUUACCGCUUCUAGAUCGAUAAUGAUUUGGACCAUCAUGUACUGAAUACACUAACGAUAGUGGCAAAUGUCUAUAUUGUCAAACAUAAUUACGAUAAAAUGGAAAUGGAGAGCAUAGGAUGCAAAGGCUGUUCUGAAGGUGUCUUCAGGAAUGGAAUCUCAAUAUUAAGAUAAUUAAAGUUCAAUACAACUUCAUACAAGAAUGAAGUAUUAAAUGUUAUGAUAAAAUUUAAGUAUCAAAAGUUCCAAAUAGUGGUGGUGGUUAGUUAAAUCAAUAGCAGCCAGUAAUCCAUUAUCGAUGCUAAAUGUUCCCCUUAUAUAUUUGUGGAUUCUAGAAAGCAUGCCAGACAACAGGCUCUCAAUAAUAAUAUACAAUUAAUUAUUGACCCAUUUUUACCCGAGAAUUUGGAGAAAUAAUUUGUAAAGAAGGAAAGAAAAAAUUAACCUAAAUGUUUAUUAAAAGUCGAUAAUACAAUCCAAGGGCUAAUGAAUUACUUCACGGCUCCCAACAUUAGACAUAAAAUCAGACAUCCUUUAUUUCUAGCUAUUAAAUUCGAAAAGUGUGUCAAAUUGUAUUUGAAGAAAGAACUUUUUGUCAAAAAUUGUAAGGAUGCCAUUCUAAGAGUGUAGAGCAUUCUGAUGAAAUCAAGUUAGGAAAGAAGGGAUUCUCAUAAAGAAAUGGCUUUACUAUUUUAAGUUGACUAAACUAACGAAUAGGAAUUUAAGAAGGUAAAUGUUUACACUAUAUCCAAGGUUUAUGAAAUAUCUCAAAUUUUUGAAAAUGAUAUUUUUAUGCUCUUCUUGAAAGAGGAUUAGAUUCCUCAGGGUUACAUUCCCAUUGAAGAUAUUUCAAGAAUAAAGUAUCAUUAUAAGUAAGUGUAUCCAAAUUUAAUAAAUUAAAAAAGCUUAAUCAUUUAUUAAUCUGAAAAUUAAGAAGAAUAAUCAAUUGUUAAAUAAACUAAAUUGAAUGAAUAGAAUAAUGAGAACUAAAUAGAUACUCAUUUAUCAAUUAAAUAGUGUAAUUAGUACAUAGCCUAGUAAGAUGAAUGUAAUAGUUAAGUUCUUAAUUAUAAUAAUUAGCUUUCAUAUUAUUAUAAUUUUUUUUAACAAUAACAACAAUUAAAAUAAUAAGAACAAUUGCAAUAAUUCUAAUAAGAACAAUUAUUCUAAUUCUAAUAAUAAUAACUGUACAACAAUAUGUAAUAGUAGAUAUACUAAUAGCAACAAUAUUACAUGAUGCAACAACAAAAUUAUUAAUACAAUAGAUUCUAUUGA